AUGAACCCUUUCAAGCGAACCCGCCAAGCUCUACCACCAGACUCGGUCAUGACAAACAUCAUGAUAGUUACGAUCAAAAUAGCGACAGAUGGGACAACAACUACGAAAACCGAGUUCAAAACUCGGAAAGCGCAAUUCCCGGAUCCGGUUGAUCGAUCCUACCUGCCCGAAAACAACACAACGGAUCCCCUACUUCUUCUACCCGGAACAGUCACCACAAUUACCACGGAGGUGUCAGUCCGAAGACCAAUGUUGGGUUUUGGUGAUACGGAAUCCUUCACCAAUGUAACAACUACCACUGUGCCAUUGACAGAAAACCGCGCCCGCAAGUCAUCAUUGGUGCUAGCGGCAGCAGUUAAAGAGGAAUAUCGUGAAACCCCCGCGCCUGAAUCGCCGGGUACACCUGAACCGCCAGCUACACCUGACCAACCAAUGACACCCGAGCCACCAGCUACGCCGGGCACAGUGAUCGAUGAUGCGAUCCCUUCACCGUCAAUACGCUCGCCCUCGCGCCUCAUGUCGCUCGAGAAUCUGGGGUAUUAUUCGGCAACUGAUGAUCCGACUCCCUCCUCUCCAGUGCGACCGCUCCCACGACUCAUGUCGUUUGAUAAUCUAGGUAGUUUAGAACCACCUCAAGAGAAACUCAAACUGCGCCUAAGGGCUGUCAAUUCGGGGAUGGAAGGAUAUCAAUACAACUAUGUACACCACGACUGCUCAAUUGAGGUCUUCCGAAAUCUCCCACUCUCGUUGAAAACAAUUGGUGAGAAGGUCCUUGAAGAGACAAAGUGGAGUCCAGACAUACAUUUUGAAGAGUUGGGGCUGGGACCGUCGUCCUGGAGAGAGGGCAUGGAAGUGCUUGAUCCAGAUUCUUCAACCUUAAUGGUUGCUAAUCUUGACGGAAAGAUUCCUAGUGAUAUUGGGUUGAGGAAUGGCGAUAGUUUGAUAAUAUGGGGAGUGAAGUCUGAGGAAGGCUUGCCAGCGAAACAACGCUCGAGGACACCCGUCUUAGACAGCAUCUAA